UUUUAUAUAAUGAUUGCUAAAUUUCUAUAUUUAUAAACAAUCCUGAAAGUUUCUCCCGUGAUCAUUAUUUGAGCUGAAAUUUUUUCUGUGCGAGAUUCAUCAAGUGGAAUUCUUCUUAAGUGAAUUUCACAAGGACAAUUAUACCUGCCAUUUCUUCCUGGAAUAUAUUUCCAGGGACAUUUUGUCCGGGGAAUUUUUUCCGGGAGAUUUUGUCCGGCGGAAAAUGACCGACUCCAUGUUUCGUUACUGGGUCCGAUAACCGCGUUCAAACCGAAGUGAGUUCACCAACAAUUCCACCUAAAAGCUAAUAAUUUCCAUAUAAAUUACGGUUUUAACAAUAGUUCAUCGUACGGCUCUUAUCAAAAAGUAUUUUCCUUCCACUUGUAGCAUAAUGCACUAAUUUAACUCGGACGGCGCUAGACGUCUAAUCGAUUUUGUCUACCGGCAGAAUUCUCAACACCUCACCAACUCACCCACAAAAUAUCGGGAAAAGUAUAAAACCGAACACUACGAAAUCCACACAUGAAGAAUUUCAAUAAAAAUUCCUCUAUUUUCCCCUCCAUUCUUGAAAACUAAAUAUAUUUCACUCAUGCACACCGACAAACAAAUAAAACAAAUAACUUACCCUUUCCAAUAAAGAAAUCAUCUACGAGUUCUCAACGCCUAACGAAUUAUCGGUUCUGACUACGUCAAUGACCUAGAUUAAAUCCAUAGAAAAAUAUAUUGCAAAGGAGAAAUUCAAUCAGUGACUUGCUCUGUAAAAUAAUUGUUGCUGAAAGCAGCCUGAGGGGUUAAUCAGUCCAACACGUGGGCUCUAUAAACUAGUGACUGAAAUAUCGGAUAACCUUCCUAAUUCAAUUACUCUGCGAAUUGGAUCCAUCAGUCGACCUCCGAAAACUUAAUUUCGCCCCUCGACGCGUCCGAAUUUCACACCUCCGCUGUAUACCGAGAAAAUCCAUUCCAAAAUAGUCCAAACAACAGCCAUCAAAUUACAACAACAUGAAAUCCUCACAAAUUCGUCUGCAAAAGUAUUCAACACGCAUUGUGUUCGUUAACUCAAUCAACUAAAUACAAUCUGCGGUAGCAAAAAAGCCCAAGUAAAACGCGCCGCGAAAAGUGGAAUGGCCAAACAUCUGCAAAUUGCGUUAUUCAUCUCAAGUCUUUCGCUCUCUCCAAUCAUUCUCUCCACCACCAACACCGGACUUAUUGUCGAGUGGACAUUUGCAGUCAUACAGACUCCCUAGACACUUAUCACAGUGCACUAGUUAACUCCAGAGUGUUUGCAUCGUAAAUUCGCGAGUUGGUAAUUCGAAAUCACCAGUGGCUUUCGAGAGACGUGUUCCCUCUUCCCUCUGAAUCUUAAAUCAUCACGUGAUUCAUGCAGAUGUCAUUCGUAUUAAUAGAGUAUGAUGUCAUUGCAAAGUCUGCACCACUUGAAAUAUUAUGUGCUCCUAACAAUCAACUUUGCUGUAUUCGCAGAACAAUCGGUUCCACAGGAGAUAAAAUCUGAGUAUUACGGCGUACCAUGUGUGGGUUACAAGCCGGGAGAGGAUGAUCUCCAGACGUUGUUCGAUGUCAUCAGCCGUUACAGAUUGGAUUUCACUGAGAAACAAUAUCCGGGCGUGAGUCGUGUCAGGGGUACCACUCGCAUGCAAACGGCAUAUCGCAUUGACAGGGAUGCCAAUCUUACCCUCUCCACAAGACAGGUAUUUCCCAUUGGAUUGCCCGAGGAAUUCAGCUUCACGACUAUAUUCAGAACUUGGAGAACACCACGUGUAGCAUGGCGAAUUUUCCAAAUAUCAAAUAGUCAGGGUAUUCCGGAAUUUUCCAUCGAGCUCAAUCCCAACGGACGUACACUCGAUUUGACGAUUGGGAAUCACGACAAGUAUCCGCAGACGUUCCAGUUUGAUAAUCCAAAUCUAUUUGAAAACAAGCAAUGGCACAAGGUUCAGGUGUCUGUCUUCCGCGAGAAAGCUAAUGUCUAUGUAGACUGUGUCCUCUUAGGCUCCACGAAAUUGCAAAAUUGGUGGCCAAUAGACGUCGGCGGACAAAUAUCGAUAUCCCGAACAAUGGAGUAUCCGCAGACAGUGCCGAUCGAUCUCCAGUGGAUGAUCGUCGACUGCGACCCGACGAAACCGGAACGAGAACGAUGUGAUGAGCUUCCGUUGAUAGUUUAUGAACAAAAAAAAACGACAUGUGACACUGUCUGCCCGCAAGGACCUCCUGGCGCCAACGGGACGCAAGGACCCCGAGGAUUCCCAGGAUAUCCUGGAGCACCAGGUCUCAUUGGACUGAACGGUCUGAAAGGCGAGAAAGGUGAAACUGGGAAUACAGGGGAGAGAGGCGACAGUGGAGAUGCUGGACCACGAGGAUUCCCAGGAAUUCCUGGAGCUGAUGGUGUACGGGGACCCAUGGGAGUGCGAGGACCACCUGGAAUGCCCGGUCCGAUGUUCGUCGAUGGUAAGAGCUUCGGGGAGAAAGGCCAACCCGGGCAGAAAGGUCAACGUGGAGAGAAUGGAUUUCCAGGGCUUCCUGGAGCACCUGGAGCAAAAGGUGAUGUAGGCGAGGCGGGACUGCCUGGAUUGAGGGGCUUGACAGGACUGCACGGAGAGCCAGGAUCGAUAGGGCCUACCGGGUUGCCCGGGCAAAAGGGAGAAUCUGGACGCGAUGGUAUUCCGGGGUUAGUAUCAGGUAUUCCAGGGAGGAUAGGACAAAAAGGAGAACCAGGCCUUCCUGGAACGGACGGAUAUCCAGGUACAAAAGGCGACAGUGGGUUACGGGGGCCGCCGGGUUUGAGGGGUGAACCAGGAAUUCAAGGUCCUCCAGGACUUCCUGGAAUGCCGGGAGAGCCGGGAUUUCCUGGAAAUGGAGGCGUCAUCAGUGAAGAAGAGAUUCGUAGCGUUUGCAGACAAGUGCUAAGAGAAGAAAUCCAUGGAUUCAUGCCAGAGCCGAGUUUCUCGAAAUACGGGCUUCCCGGAACGCCUGGCCUACCCGGCCCUCCAGGUAAACAAGGUUCUCCUGGUGAGGGAGGUUUUAACGGUUUACCUGGACCUCCAGGGCUACCAGGGAUUCCUGGAGUUUCCGGGGAAAAGGGAGAUAAAGGGGAAAAAGGGGAAGAAGGGCUGAGAAUCGAGGGACCACCGGGACCCAGAGGCCUCCCAGGACCCCAAGGGGAAGACGGGCCUCCAGGACAUCCAGGCGAGAGAGGAAAAUCUGGACGUCCAGGUGUACCGGGGAAAAUUGGCUUCCCAGGUACUCCCGGAUCGUGCGAACCGUGCAAUUAUCCCAUCGGAAACUACAUGCAAUAUCUACCGACUGAGGAGAAAGGCUAAAAUUGAAAAAUCAAUGUAGGAAAGGAUUAAUGAAGUGUGGAUGGUAAAUAAAUAAAAUUGC